GCCUUCGAACACAUAACAUCUCCUUUGAUACGAGCUCCAGCUUUUUCAGUUAAAAAAAGUUCUAAAUUUAUAUUCCUAAAUAUCAGCACUAAAAGUUGUUACAAAUUUCCAAUUCCAGAAAACGGUUUUCCACAGAAAUGGAGUAUUGCGUUCCCGGACCUAUGAUUUUCUGGGCAUUUCAGCGUGACCACAUUCUAGCAAAUCGGAUUAUCGAAUCAAUCGAUUGACUCGAUGUUUCUCCACCUUUGGGUGUUUGGAAAUGUUCGCUAUUUGUGUUAAAUUCUGAGAGACCUGAAUGAAAAGAGGCAUGCUUUAGGGCGUCAAUAGAGGGAUUUCCGAUUUCCCAGCCCAGCAGUUCCUUGCCAGCGCGUGAAAAGCGGAAAGAGUGAAAAUCGAAUUCGUUGGCCAGUCCAAUUAAUUUCAAACUGCGCGAUUUGCAGGAGAAGAUGUGUCUAUACCUGCAUGUGCAUGUGUAUCUGUGUGCGAGGAGGCCCACGGUUGUGUGUGUGAGCAGCGAGUGAGUGUGUGGGUGUGUGUUGGUGUGUGGGCACACUGGAAAGAAUCAAUAAAGGAUGUGCUGCGGAUUGCUGAGCGAGAAAAAAGGACGAAAAGUGCGAAUUAACGGUUAACUUUUGGCACGAUUGACGCCUGAUAACGGUUAAAUACGCCCAACGAGAGAGCCCGAAAGAACUUUGAAAAGAACGAGAGUGCGGACACAGUUAAUUAGCAAAUUAGCGAGUGGGUGGCCGCAGGAUUUCAGGACUUCGCUACACUUUGGAUUCCUGCACAUGAUGAGCAAGAUGAUGAGAUACUGCCUGAUAUUUGCGCUGCAGCUGUCGUUGGCAUACUCCGUGGAGGUGCACUUCGAGGCGCCGGACAGUGGCUUCUUCCUGAAGCACGCCCGCCAACCACCUGUGACGCCGGAAAUCGCCAAUGUGCAGACAUCCUCGGCGGUGCCGCCGCUCCGGCAACGAUCCUCCUACGAUUCCGUGCUGUCCCUGGACAGGUUCACCGUCGUGGAGACCACACAGCCGGUGUCGAUACGCGCCAGCUACGGACCCUUCUCCACCAAACAGACGGUGCCAGCCCGCUACAUUGUGCCGGACACAAUGGACAGCCAGUCGGGCGAUUACAUGAGCAAUGCCACUUUGCUGGAGCUCCAGCAGCCGAACAUGCACCUGGACAUCUCGGCUCAUUUGGUCCGUUCCAGCGUUUCGCAGGAUGCACCCGUGCUUCGGGUACUCUUCCACGCCGGAGCCGAUCCUGGUGGUCAUUUGCAGCGCCAGAAGGUGUGUGUGCUGCUGCACGUGGCCAUGGGCUCCGAGCAGCCGCUCAAGGGGCGCUGCAUGCCGGAGGGCGAGGACGGUGUCUGCGUGGCCGAGGUGGUGGUGCCCCUCGGCUGGUGGCCACAGCUCCCGGCGCCCACUCAAGACGGCAGUGGCCAGGCGCCACCCAAAGUGCCGCAGCGCUACGCCCAGGUCUCCUACAGCGUCUUUGAACCCCCGUUGAGGAACCCCGAGCAAUGCGAACCCAAGGUGCAGAUUCAACCGCUGACCACCUUCGCCCAGGUGCCGCUGCUGGCCGCCAGGACCCCCUAUCGCAUGCUACGCGCCGAUGAUGCCGUCACCUUCCUGCUGCCCCAACAUCCACUGUAUCCACUGUCCCGGCUCCAUGUGCCCGUAUUCCUGCACCAGUAUCCCGAUCAGCGGGUGGCCGCCUUUACGGUGAGAGCCCGUGUCAAGGCGGGCUUGAGAAUUCUGGGCGCCACCGCCUCCACGGAUCAGUGGAGCGUGUCUGUGGAAAAAGAGAACCCCAAGCACACCACCGCCCGUGUCACUGCUUUCCGCAAAGAGGCCGAAUCCAGUCUGGAGGCAGGAGCCAACCUAACCAGCGAGGUGUUCGAGGUGUUCUCAUGGCUGCUCGAGGUGGCCGAGGACACCAAUGACAUUGUGGAUGGCGGCAAGAUCGUGUGGUCUGUGACCCAUGUCUACGACACGCCCAAGGACAAGGACUCCGGGGAGCUGGUGAUACCCGAUGACAACAAGAAGCGACUGAUCGCCAAGCUGGAGAUCAACAAGGACGACAUCCAGGCGGUGCUGCCGAUGGCCAAGAUCUGGGAGGUCAUGAACACGGCCGUGCUGACCGGCAGGCAAGUGGCCCAGGCCAUGAAGGUGUUCAUCGUUUCGCAGGCGGGCAAGGUGGCCGAUGUGACGCUCCAGAGCUCCUGUCACGCGGAGGACGAAAGUGUGAUCAAGGUUUCCUCCUCCUGCAGCUCUGUCUAUGUGGAUGGCUCCGAGCAGCGCGGCUCCUCGAACGCCUCGGUUAUCGUCAAGUACGGCACCUAUGUGGGCGUGGCCAAGUUCAUCGUCUGGAUGCCCGAGUUCCCGCUGGAGGUCUACAUAUCCGAUUUCCGUCUCUCCCAAAUCAAGGGAUGGAAAGUAACCGAUGACAAUCACUAUCUACACAACAAGCAGUCGCGGCGGAGAAAGAAGAGGUCCUACGUUUGGGGUCAGCAUGGCACCAACUACUACAACAACCUGGGAGCAGACAAGACGGUUUGCCGGGCUCGCUAUCAGCAAAGUCCCGUGGAAGUGUACGCCAAGUUCCUGGCGGUGGAUCAGAACUCUGGACGCACCAGCUACUUUAUCUCCAGGCGCACAGGCUUAAGGGUCACGGAUCUGGUGCAGCCGCUCCUGCGAGUGGCGGACCCGAAGAUUGCCUCCCUGAAGGGCCGUAUUCUGCAGGGCAAGUCCAUGGGACGCACCGAUGUGCAGGUGUUGUCGCCCAUUACGGGUCGAGUCAUUGGCACCAAGGAGAUCCGCGUGGGCAGCGACAAGGUCAACCUCUCCAAGCUCAUUGUGCGUGUCAUCUCGGGCCUGCAGCUCACCAUCAGUCCGGACAACACGAUUGAGAACGGCUAUCUGGCGGAGACCUCCGUGACCCACAAGCUGACGGCUCAGUACCAGGAGGGACUGCUCGACAUCGAUCUGGAGUUCACCGAUGGCUCCAAGACCCCCUUGCGGGACAUUGCCGUGGAGGACUACUUCCUGCUGGUGGAGAGCCUGGACACCGAGGUGGUUGCCUUUGCUCCCAUGCUGGCAUCCCAUCAUCCGCGGGUCAUAGCCGUGGGCGAGGGCAAUGGUAAUCUGCUGCGCGUGACCCUGUUGCUUUCCGAGGAGUGUCGCCAGCGACGCGGCACCUUGAGCAGCUCCAAGCAGAACAAAUCGAAUGCAGCGCCGCUGGCCAGUGCCCUGGCCUCGAUUGAGGUGGACUUCAACAAUGUGGACAUCGUGAGCAAGCAGGAGGCGAUCCAGAACGAUGGCACGGUGGGCAGGGAAAGGAAGAACUACAGGCAAACGGGUGAUCUGGCUGAUAUCAUAGUGGGCAUUCCCUUGCGCGACUCCAGCCAGCUCUAUGAGCCCACUGUUCAGGCGCGUCAACAUCGCGGCAGCAUCCAAGCGGUCCAUAAGGGCCACCAUGGCAAGGGCCUUGCUGGCACUGGCACCAUGACGACCAUGGAGCUGGGCAUGUACGUCCUGCUCACGGCCUUCUGCUUCGCCAUUAUUGUCUUUGUGAUCUCGUGCGUGGUCUACGCAUCCAAAUUCCGGCCAGCCAUGAUUGAGUCCGGCUUGGAUCCCCUGUCGGCGGGCAAGGGCAAUGGCUCGGGCGGAUCGGGUGGCUUCCGCGAUGUGCGCUUGAAGGAGUCGACUACGAACGCUCACGAUUGGGUCUGGCUGGGACGCUCCACCAUCGACCGCCAGUCCAUUGUGGCUGAGACCAACACGCAUCUGAACCCACGCGAUUCCCGCAUGCGCAUCACCAGCAAUCCCAUUGUGAACUACGACAACGGGCGACGCGUGAGCUCCUUCGACCAACAGCCCAAGCUGCAGACGCACAUAGUUCCGGCCUCCAAUCUGAACAAGCAGCACGCCGACCACUACCUGGCCAACGAGCGCAGGGACAACGCCCUGGACUACAAGCCGCCAGUGCCGCCGCAUAGGAAUGUGGGCUCCCGAGCCUGUUUGCCGGUUCAGCCUGUUCCCGGUUCAGGGUCCGUAAAGGAUGCCCCCAACAAGCGACACAGCCAGCUGUACAAACGCGAGCACCUGCAGGGCAGCGACAACAAUGCCAACCAACAGCCGACACAGCAGCCGAAUCAGCAACCGCCGCCAGAGCGCCCCCAUCCACUGGCCCAUGGACAUCCCCAUCCCCACCCGCACCAGCAUCAGCGGAGCCACAGCCACAGCCACAAUUUCAGCCAGGAGCCACUUAUCAAGGCGGCGCAUAACAAAAUCAAGCAGCAGCAACAGCAGCAGCAACAGCAGCAGCAGCAGCAACACGAGGAGCUGCACAACGCCGAGAAGCUGGUGGAGUACACGAAUCCGCACCAGAAGAACGCGUUUCAGUUCGAUUCGCUAACACCAAAGAGAGUUACCAAAGCAGCCGCGUCCUCGCCGGCAACGCCGUCCACUGCAGCAGUCCAGGGCAAAGCUAAGGCAGAAAACCACAGCAUGGCCAGCAGCACUGGGGAUGCGGCCAACUCGAAUGGAACGGACGAGAUCAUGCGGCUGCCUCCCAGCGCCGUCAGCCAGGAGCCCACCACGAAAUCGUCGCGUGUCAAGCGCGCCACCGUGGUGGGCAAUCCGAUGUUCUCGGCCACCGUCGACGAGUCCGUCGCCCCCGGAGAGCGUCUUGGACUGGACGACCUCGACAUGGACUACGAGCAGAUCAUGCACUACUUUGACAACCUAAAGGAGUCAAAUGCCUGAGUACAGGAGAUCAUUGCUAAAAUUCGCGAGAUAUUGUCCACGUUCCAUCACCGAUACCAGACGGUUGCCACGCCCCUAAACUCGCCCACUCGCAAGCAGAUGCAGCUGCUCGACGAGCUGGUCGCCGGGGUGGCAACGGCCACAGCAAUCACGGCAGCCAAGCCAACACCCUUGCCGCCGGUUGAUGGAGACGCCGAAGCAUUCGAUGCCUACGACGGAGCGCUGGACAUCGAGAGCAGGCAGUUCUAGACGUCAACAUGGCACAGGUCUGCACGCAAUUCUAGCAAUACCCCCCGUACUCUAAUAGCAAACCCCGAGGUCGCUCCAGCCACUAAGAAACAAUCCAUGCUGAGGUCGAGAAGGCCGGCAGUUAGGCAAGGAAGCGGAGAGGCGUCGAUGGAGAAACAUAUUUAUUGCUAGGCUAAGUUCAUAUUAAAGCAUACACCUAUAGGCAUAUGUAAACGUGGAGAUAAUCCAGGUGUAUCUCGAGGAGCGCGUGCCUGACACAAUCGGAACCGACGGGCAACCACAUAUAGUAUCACUAUCUAUAUCUCUGUAAUUGUAACCUGUAACUGUAUCUGUAUCUGUAUCAGUAUCUGCAUAAGUACUAUGGUGUAGUUAAGGAUCAGCCAUCUAAAGCAUAGCUUAGUCCAGACAUUUUUCCCAUUCUCUUCGCUUCACACACACGCAUCCCUGGCCAGUGCCGCCGCCCAUCCGUCUGAUUCCAUUCAACUUCUCCGCAUCCACUCGAUCUCGGCCCGAUCUUGCAUAUCCUAUGAACUCUCUCUGUUGCGUGUCUGUCUGCGUGUGUGAGUGCGUUUUGUGUGCGUGUGUGUGCGCCAGAGAAAGUGAGAUAGGGAUUGAGAGAAAGCGAAACGAAAGUGAGGGAGAUGGCGACAGAGAGGAGUAGAGACAGAGGAGAGUUUCCAAAAUGUGCCGGGCACCGCUCCCAAAAGUCGCUAGAACUUAAAAACUGAUUAAUAUACACGCUCUAUACAAAUAUAUAUAUAUAUAUUUAUGAUUAUAAAGCGCGCGCUAAAUCUAAAGAAAAUCGAACAGAUAAAGGAUAACCCAAACGCUGCAUUAUCUAACACGAAACUCGAACAGAACAUCGCUUAUAAGUUGGUUAUCGAAGCCUAAUACCUAAUACCUAAUACCAAUCAUAAACUAAACUAGAAGAGCAACACACGAACACAACUCGAAUAAUAUAUAGACGCUUAUGAGCUUUAUUUGAUCGAUUGCAUUGAAACGAAGGCUAAGAGCAGAGCAGAGCCCCCGACCCAACAGAACCGAACAGAAUCACAAAUAGGGGAAUGUGUAACCAAAUAUUAUAUGAUAUUACCGAGCGAUCCAAGCUUUAUAUAACAAAUAGCCUACGUGCAUAUUUAUUACCAUUAUUAUUACGGUUAUUAUUAUCUUGUCUUAUGAUUAUCAUUAUUGUAUUUAUUACCAACGAGAAAAGGAACAAGUGCAAAAUUACUUCAAAUUGAAAGCCAUACUUUGAAUAGCGAAUUAGACACACGCCCUAACACGCCGAGUCCUCCUCCUCCUAAGGGCUAGCAUACCCUGUCUCCGUAGAGAUAUAUUACGAUAUAUAAAGAGUGUGUACUCACUCUUCUAAGCCGGUCACACGUAUCUACAUGUAAUUGCAUCUGUUCGUUUUCCCCGUCGACGGAUAUUCGUAUAUCAUAGCACCCAAAGCUACUUCAUUCCAUUAGUAAAUCGUACUUGUAGCCACUAACCGCGUACUGUCUUCUUUCGUUUUGUGUGUAAGUCUGUUUACUUUCGUUUGUAAGAGCUGUAGCCACACCUGUAUCCGUAGCUGUAACUGUAUCUGUAUCUGUACGCAUAAGUGUCUCAUCCGAUUAGUUUAUAUUUUAGAGGCCAUCUAAGUAUUAUGUUCGUUUCCCCCGUUGUUUCACGAUCAUAUGUUGUAAAUUGUUCCGUCCAAAAAGAAAAUGAAAACAAAACAAAACAAGCUGAAUGAAACGAUAAAAGCAAACAAAACAAAGCAACGCAAACCAUUGUAAACGAAAUUAAGCAAUCUAUAUCUGGUUUUUGUAAGGCCCAGAGCGGCCCAGAACGAAGCGCACGAAGCAUUGUUUGUAAACUGAAUUGUAGUCCUUGCAAGACUUUUGGACAUUUAUUGCACUGCACUGUACAUAACGUGUUAGGAGCGCAGUGCGUUCGCAGCCAGGGGCAGAUGUGGCUGGCUGAGGAUCGAAUGUGAUUCCUACGUCAAGCUGCCAAGCUGUCAAGCAAUUACCCGGGCCUGGCUCCUGGCUGGCCAGCGCACUGCGCCAUUAUUAAACUUAAACUUGAGUUGCUCUCUAUCGAUCUAAGGACUGCAAACCACACGCAUACACAAGGACACCUCACAAUCCUACUGAGUUCGACCUGUAAUAUCACUAGCAUUUAGAACUAGACCCAAUUGUCCGCCCCUCGCACGCCCCUGCUUUCUUUGUGUCCCAGAAACCGUGCAGCACCAUGUGACAUAUCCCGACCCUAGUCCGCACCACAGAGACACACACACACCCACUCUCAGUCGAGCCGCACUGCCAUUGGCGAAAGUGAGAUUAGGCCUAUUGAAGCUUCCAGCAUUUACCAGUGCCAUAUGUAUAACUUUGUAUAACUUUACCCACACGCCCCGAAGUACGGAGAUCAGUCCAGCGACUGAUUUCGGCUGGCAUCGAGCUUAGCACAGGCUUCCUUCCGAGCUUGCUUGUUGGACGGACCGUAGACGAACACUAGACAGCCUCCCUCCACUGAGAACUGAGUCCUGGCUGAGACCGGACCCGGGAACGAGCUAGGAAACUUGAGUGGCGCGAGGCGAAGAGCGGAGAACACAGUUUUAACCUAGACAAAUGCUUGGCUUCAAUUCGCGGAUCGGUCGAUCCUUCUCGUAUGUGUUUGACGAUUCCAAUGCAAAGACUUUUAUACACCUUUUUUAACUAAGUAUAUACGCGUAUACACCUAUAUAUUAUAUUAUACAUUAUUGUUUAGCGAGUUUCGACUGUAGAUUAAGGCGAAAUUAGACGUUCUCUAGUCAGUUCAAGGCGUUUCCUCAUCGUUUUGUCACCCCCACCAUACACACAGCACACACACGCCACACUCAUAGUUUUAUAUAGUCAAGGCAAGCUUUUACCGCCCACCCAGCCCCUAAACCUAAGCUGUAUGUACUUGUAUGUAAUAUCGAACCACGAAAAACAAAGAAAAAUGCACUAAAAAUACGAAAACGAAACGAGAUGCUUCUGAUUUUUUUGUCACACCAUUGAAUCUUGGAAAUCAUCGAUUUAUAUAGUUAAUAAUACUACCUAUAUCGUGGCAAGCAAGGCGCCGGCUAAGUGUAAUGCAAAAUAUUCAUAUAAUAUAAUCGAAAAUUAUACAAGCGCAAAGAAACGGAAAUCACAAGUUGUUUAUGCUGCUUUUUGCAAACGAAAAUUAGGCUAUACCUAAAUAUACAUACAAUUAAUACGUAUAUGUUUGAAUUGAAUAUAUGUGAGUGUGUACGCUUGGCACGAACAGCAAACCAAACCAUAAACAAUCCAAAACUAAUACGCUAAGAGCUAAGGUUACGAGGGGAGAUCCGAGCAAUCGGAAGAACCACACGAGUAUAAUGUUUUGCCAUGUAAGUUCCAUGAAUGUCCCACCUGCCUGAUGUCCCCGCUUCGAGACACCCCGCCCCGCUGAUUUGCACCGCCCCAGAAAAGAAAACAAUCUCUAGGCGCUAGGCGAUAGGCGACAGAUACACCCGCACCUGUCCAUCGAUCCGCCGCCUCAUUGUUAACAUUUGUAUCGGUUAUUAACGUAGUUGUUGUGUAUGUAUGUAUGUAAGUAUGUAAAUGUGUGCUCACCCGGAUAGCGAUUACGAUUAACGGUGAAGCUAAAGUCGGAGCGAAGGUACUCGAUUCUUGUUGUUAUUGGCAGCGCAUGUCCUUAAGAGCUAGUGAUGUAUGAUUUGGUGUGUGUCCCGCGAAGAGCUGUUUUCCCAGCCAGCCACCCCUCCACACCAGAACACACUCAGAGUGAUCUCCGCAGAAGCUUAUAUUACUAUAUAGUGUAUACACCCAUAUAUAAACAGCGCGUAAAGAUUAUAAAACCAUAUAUACAAAGCAUACCCCUGUGUAACACUCCGAGCAAUCCCCCCCAUCGCAAAGUACUCACUUGCUUGCCGUUCAGUUGAGGCCGAUCCUUCCGCUCGCCAGGACCUUGUUUCCCAUCCAGCCCAGAGCAACCGACCGAGCGGACACUCGGCCCUCGGGUCGAGGCGAACGAAAGGGAUUAACGUUGCCAUGUAAACACCUUAGUAGUCUACUAUUAUUACCAUGAUUAUUACCAUAUUACUAAGCGAAGGACACAUUUUGUUUAAGCGAACGAAGCAAACAAAGAAGCAACAAAAUAUUAUAAAUAUUCAAAGGAAACUGACAAAAUUAAUUUAAAUAAAAUAAUUUAUUAAUAAACCACAUAUUAUAAAAUGGAAA